AUGCCUCCCUUUGGACAUGAUAUGUCCCUAGGUGGCGUGCAAAAGGUGGAGGGCUAUGGAGACACAGAUUCGUGGAACUGGCCUCAACAACCGACCGCUCAACAACCUGCGUACUCGAAUAUGUUCGAUCCUUCCAUGUACGCCAGCUUCACACCCUCGAUGCAACAGCAAGUUCGUCAACCAUCUCGCAAUCAGUCUAUCGCUACAUCUCGCGUCCUCUCGACCGCAACUAGCACACCACCACCACCAAGGCCCCAGGUCACAGGUAACAUGGUCAAAGCACAACCGGCUUUCAAGCCCACGUGGCAGGGAUUCCUCGAUACCACCAAAGAUGCCAUGACCGUUGUGGAGGCCGCACUUCAAGGCCGUCUCAGCCAUAUCAGCCGCAGGCCGCAUGAUAAGGAACGCGCAGAGAUGCUCACUUCUGGAACCGUCUUGGUGUACGAGGAGAACGCUUCCGGUAUCAAACGAUGGACCGAUGCUGUGCACUGGUCCCCAAGUCGGGUGAUGAACAACUGCCUCAUAUAUCGCCAGCUGGUGCGAGCAUUGAAGCCUGAAGAGAAGAAGUCGGCCCUCAACCCAUCGUGCGGUACCAAGAGGAAGCGCAAGGAGAACAACGGCCCAAUGAGGUCCAAGACUGGUGAAGUGUUGGAGAACUCCGAGGACGAAUACGAGACCUCAGCCUUCGACGCGUCCCUGCCAGGCGAUGUCGACUCCAUGAACAAGGUUUACGCCAACUUCGCCCAAAGCUUGACGCCCGACCAACAGCGACGAUUCUGUGGCUCCCUCAUCGACAGCUAUGAGUUCAAGGAGGGCGGUCUGAUGAAGAAGACUAUCUCAGUCAAGUACCAGGGUACCCACCACCACGUCAUCUCCUACUACAGUCUCGAGGACGUCGUCAGCGGGAAGUUGAAGCGACCAUUCCAGGACCCAAAGCUAGCCGACAUUCAGCCAAGACCGGAGCUUCUGAAUGGCUGGAAGGUCAGCCUUGAAGAUGAAGAGAGCAAAGACAUGCCCCUGGUAGCUGGCUACCCACACCACAUCCAGCCCAGCCAUGUCCAGCACCACGUUAUUGGAGCUGUUACCCAGUCAAUCGGCGCACAGGGCCAGCUCCAGACACAUGCUCCUCUCCACCUAACAGUUCCCGACUACUGGCAUGGGCCUCAGGUGUCCCAGUAUGGCUCUAGCCACCACAGCCCCCAACAUUAUGCCGCGCCUCCAUUCUCGGCCCACCAACCGGCACAUCAAUACUCCGUCCAGCAGCCUCCGUCGCAGCACUACGCGCAUCCGCCAUCUCCCCAGCAAUAUUCUUCCCCACAUUCCGCAAGCUCUCAGUACUCCUCACACGCUGCUCCAUCCUCGCACUACGCGCCGCAACCACAGUCUGCGCGUCACUACUCUUUCGACCCUCCGUCGGCCACAUCAGCGACCUCGUACACUCAGCCCACCUCGGCAUACCAGACGCCGCAACCUGCUCCGUACGCUCUGCCUCAGUCCGCGGGCUUCGACGCUCAUGCCUUGCCCUCCCAAGACUCGCCAGUCGGUCCUCAUCACGCUCAGGUCCCCGGAUCGCAACCCGACCAACAAAGGAGGGCUUCAGCGCCUGUAGCCGUGCAGCCAUUCAACGCGCCGCAAUUCCCUGCGGCUCCCCAUCCUCACUCUUAUUACGUGACGGACCAGAAGUACGCCCCCGAGCAAAAGUAUACAUCUAACGCGCCCCAUGGUUAUUAG